AUGUCGGAAGGGGUGGCCACCUUUGAAGCGCCCUUGUCGCAGGGCUUUGGAUAUGGCAUUAUCCUGGGGUUAGGAUUUGCUUUUGCAUUGGUGAUGAUCUUCAUCACUUGGGCAUUGAAACGCUAUCAGAAUGAAGUCCAAACAUCUGAAAUGUUCUCGACUGCAGGGCGGUCCGUCAAAUCUGGUCUGGUUGCUGCUGCAGUCGUGAGUAGUUGGACAUGGGCUGCAACCCUUCUUCAGUCUUCGGCCGUGGCAUACAAAUAUGGAAUUUCAGGUCCAUUCUUCUACGCAUCUGGCGCAACGGUCCAGAUCCUCCUCUUCGCAACCAUCGCCAUUGAGCUCAAGCGCCGUGCGCCAAAUGCUCACACCUUCCUCGAAGUCAUUCGUGCUCGCUAUGGAACUACCGUUCACGUUGUCUUCAUCGUUUUCUGCCUUAUGACCAACAUUCUUGUCACUGCUAUGCUGCUCACUGGUGGAUCGGCUGUUAUGACAUCCCUUACUGGAGUACCCACUGCAGCUGCGUGCUUCCUGCUUCCUAUUGGUGUCGUUCUAUAUACACUCUUCGGUGGUAUCAAGGCUACCUUCAUCACGGAUUACAUGCAUACCGUGGUUAUCCUGGUCGUGAUCUUCCUUUUCGCUUUCUCGGCAUAUGCGACCAACGCUGAACUCGGCUCCCCGAGCAAGAUGUAUGAUGCUCUCGUCGCGGCCGCCAAAGCUCAUCCCGUUGAAGGCAAUGCGGAGGGAAGUUAUCUCACCAUGCGAUCCAAGGAGGGUGGUAUCUUCUGGAUAAUCAACUUGAUUGGAAAUUUCGGCACCGUCUUCCUCGAUAACGGUUACUACAAUAAGGCCAUUGCUGCUAGUCCCGUGCAUGCAUUCCCCGGCUAUGUUAUUGGUGGACUCUGCUGGUUCGCCAUCCCCUGGCUGUGCGCCAGCACUAUGGGUAUCUCGGCGUUGGCUCUUGAGGGUUCUCAGCGUUUGAGCAGUGACGAUGUAACUGCUGGUCUGGUCCUUCCUUUCGCGGCCGUCAAGCUCCUCGGCUACAGUGGCGCCGUCGCCACCACUUUGAUGAUUUUCAUGGCUGUUACGUCUGCUUUCUCGGCUCAAUUGAUUGCCGUCUCUUCGAUUUUCACCUAUGAUAUUUACCAGGCCUAUAUCGAUCCCGCUGCCAAGGGCAAGAAGCUUGUCUGGAUCUCGCAUAUGUCUUGCAUUGUCUAUGCUAUUAUCAUGGCCGGCUUUGCUACUGGACUGUACUAUGCUGGUAUUGGUAUGGGGUACCUGUAUCUGCUCAUGGGUGUUAUUAUCUCGUCUGCCGUGUUCCCCGGUGCCAUGACCCUGCUGUGGAAGGGCCAGAACUGGAUUGCUGCCGCUGCAUCGCCGCCUCUUGGUCUCGCGGUGUCGCUGAUUGCCUGGCUGGUCACUGCAAAGAAGGAAUACGGUGUUUUGACCGUGGAUACGACCGGUGCCAACUACCCCAUGCUCGCUGGCAACGUCGCUGCUCUUCUCAGCCCCGUCGUCUUCGUCCCUAUCUUCACCUUCGUCUUCGGCUCCCAGAACUACGACUAUGAGUCUAUGCGCGCAAUCCGCAAGGUCGAUGACACUGAAGUUGCCGCAGCCGCGCAUAUCGAUCUUGAACUCGUACCCGGCGAGGGUCACGGUCCUUCUGCAGCCGAAUCCGAAGAAGAAACACGCAAGCUCAACCGUGCAGCUCUGUACUCGCGUACCCUGACCAUCUUCAUGACUCUUGCCUUCCUGAUCCUUUGGCCCAUUCCCAUGUACGGAUCAUCAUACGUGUUCAGCAAGAAGUUCUUCACUGGCUGGGUCGUUGUCGGAAUAAUUUGGUUGUUCUGCACUCUCUUUGGUGUGGUCGUUUUCCCGCUUUAUGAAGGUCGUGAGAGUAUUGUGCGUGUUGUGCGGAUGAUGAGCCUGGAUCUGAUGGGCCGCAAGCCAACGGUGUAUCGGGGCCACAAGACGGAUGGCGCGCAGGCUUCUGGUAUUGCGACACCCACGGAGAAGGUUGGAGAGAAGGAGAAGGAGGCGCUUGAGGCGUCUGCUUAG